UUGGACGGUCGUGCUAUUUUUGCUCCCCGCGUACAUAAACCGCCUUAUCGCAUAGCUUAAACGCUUUCAGUGUCGGUUUCGCGUCAAGUUAAAAAUUGCCGAAAUAUUUACAAACAGAACAAACAAUGCGUUUUUGUCUAUUUAAUAAUUUUUCUCUAAAAAUUAAUCAUAUUAAAGUAGAAUAGUGUGGUGUGCGUGUGUAGAGGAUAUUUUAUAAACAUUACAGUGCUUCAUCUAAUUUAUCAAUAAUUACAUACAGAGAAUAACGUGUAUAUUAUAAACAUCACGGAUUAGUGUGAAAAGUGGCACGCUAUCGGCGCGAAAAGAUUUACACCUGCUUGCUGCUUGUGUCCCAGAGUUCUGAUACCUGACCCGGCUUAGCAGAUACGCUUCUUAAGCACACAUAUACACACCAAUAUUCAAAAUAAAUACACAACCUUUAAACGAAAUUGCCUAAUUGCUUGAGCUCCCUCACCUACCCUACGCGCAACUCCGUUCGGCUGCGAAUCAAUUUUCAAAAAAAAAUUUGAUUUUAGCACAAACGUUAAAUAGCUAUAAUAACGAAGUGUGAUAUAAAUUUGAUGAUAGAAUAUUAAAUAUUUUUAUUACAAGAAACUAAGUUCUGGAUCGUUCUUACACUCUAGUCCGCCGUUUGCCAUAUUUUAAAAUUGUUACUCUGUAUUUUAAUAUAAAAAUAUUAAAUAUUUUUAAAGAGAAAAGCCAUAUUGAUUUCGAAGUUUGAACUCGAUGUCGUGUGUGAUAUUUUAACUGUUUUAACUGAUGUGUUUGUUAAUAUCGACCUAUUCUAACCACAUGUAAUAAAAAAGACGUAUAUAUUUAUAGUAUAUUUUUGUGGAAUAAUAGCUACUAUAUAUGUUGUCAUAAAUGAAGCAGCAUAGGAAUCCACUUAGCGUUUGUAUUUUCAAAUAAUACAUCUGAACAUUAUAAACUGCGACGGUUGUGCAGUCUUUUUCAUUGACUGCGAGAGACGAUUCCUCGCAGCGUCUUGUUACAUUUUGAUACUCGUUAAUUUUAUUAUAUAUUUGACUUUUACCGUCCCCCUUUUAUUCUACCCCAAAAUUAUAUUCGUGUGAGCCAACGGUAUAAAAAGCUCAGCAGAGUUUCGUCAUGGCAAUGGUCAAUAUGAACAAUCUUCUAAAUGGAAAGGACUCGCGGUGGCUACAACUGGAAGUGUGCCGCGAGUUCCAGCGCAACAAAUGUUCGCGACCGGACACCGAGUGCAAGUUUGCACACCCGCCACCAAACGUAGAAGUGCAGAACGGACGAGUUACCGCUUGUUACGACAGUAUUAAGGGCCGCUGCAACCGCGAGAAGCCACCAUGCAAGUACUUCCAUCCGCCGCAGCAUUUAAAAGACCAACUCUUGAUCAACGGGCGCAAUCAUUUGGCGCUGAAGAAUGCGCUCAUGCAACAAAUGGGACUGGCUCCAGGGCAGCCGGUCAUGUCCAGCCAAGUGCCGACUGUGUCAGUGGCGUCCGCUGGAUCGCUGCUACCCCCCAUGGCGCACUCCCCUCAAGGCUUGGGGCUCGCCGAGAAUCCCCAAAGCAUCUCACUGUUUGGCGGACCGUAUGCACAUCCGCUCAUGACAACUAAUCCGUACCUGACUAGUAUGCAGGCGAAUACGUACAGUCCGUAUUUCGCACCUGGACCACUAGUGCCAGCUCUCUUGGGACCGGAUCCAGCAUCAGCAGCCGUUGCAAGCCCCCUGGGUCCAGUGGUUUCUCAGACCGUUGCUGUGCAACAGAAGAUUCCACGUUCCGAUCGUCUUGAGGUGUGCCGCGAGUACCAGCGGGGUGCCUGCAAACGGGCGGAGAGCGAGUGCCGCUUCGCGCAUCCGCUCGAUAGCGUGACAGCACACGAAGACGGCUGCGUCACUGUUUGCAUGGACGCCGUGAAGGGCCGUUGCAGCAGAGAUCCUUGCAGAUAUUUCCAUCCCCCUUUGCACCUCCAGGCGCACAUAAAAGCGGCCCAGUCGCGCGCGGGCGCGAUGGACAUGAAAUCAGUCGGAUCAUUCUACUACGAAAGCUUUGCCUUCCCAGGAAUGAUGCCGUACAAACGACCAGCCGCUGAUAAGUCUGGAAUGCCCGUAUAUCAACCUGGUGCGACAACGUAUCAGCAAUUAAUGCAGUUGCAACAGCCUUUCGUGCCCGUGUCAUGUGAGUACAUUCCCAGCCAUCAUGCGACCCCUGUCAACACUGGUCCAACCAUCGAGGAAUUACCUUCCACUCCUUCACACACGCCAACGCCGUCGCAAACUCGUACCGAUGAACAGGACGAGCGCGCGCCGUCUUUGGCCGUAGUCACGUCCAGCUCCAUGCCUAUUCAGGACGCUGCUUCUAUUGCUAAAGAAGUCGCACAGAAAAAUUAUGCCAAUGCCGUUAAACUAGCGGUCGCCGCAUCCGGUUCACUUUCAGGAAAACCACUAUCCGCACUAAAUUACACGGGCGUCACUCUCAACAAACAACCGGCCUCGGCCACGUUGCCACGCUUUCCAACAAUCACCGUUCCAACAUCUCAGUACGGAUUAGCAUAUCAUACAAACGCGAAUGCGACAGCUACAGCUGCCGCUGCUUACAGUGCACGUCCCGCUCAGCCGCACUAUCCAUUAUUGCGCCCGCAAUUACCACCUCAUUACGCUUUGACACAAUCACAAAACGCCGCGCAGCAAAUAUUGGCAAGUCAAGGCCUUCUCGCCCAAUAUCAUCCUUCACAGUUCACCGGUUUGCAAAGUUUGCCGGCGCUGCAGAACCUGCAAAGUAUACCUACUUUGCAAGGUCUACAGAGUCUGCAAAAUUUGCCCCCUCUAACACACUUGCAACCCCUUUCGCCUGCUCACGUCGCGCAAACACCGCAAAAUGCAGCGGUGGUUAUGAAUCCUUACAAAAAAAUGAAAACAAAUUAAUUGAUCCAUAUUAUCCGUUGUAUUGUGAAGCUAGUUUAAAUGAAGUAAUUCAUAUGUAUUAUAGGCAUUUACCAAAACUAUAAAUGCGUUGAUGCAACGUAGCCUUUUUAUUUCGGUAUGAAUAGGGAAGAACUGUGAUAUAUAGAUCAGGGCAGGUUCCCUCCCAGUGACAGUGCCUGCAUAUUCCUUAUGUCUCCUAAAAGAAACCUUUCGAAUUGACAUUAUUUCUUGCAUCCAGAAAUGGCAUGGACCAGUUGACCUUAUGGCUGGGCUGUAACCUAUCCUCUCACAUCAUAAAUUCUCUUUCUAUAUUCAUUUUAGUGUUAAAUUUUUAGUAGAGCUAUAUAUAUAUAUUUAAUCAGGUUGUACGUGUUUAUUAUUAGACUUUAAGUUAAUUCUUUUAGUCAUGUUAAUUAAUAAUAUUGUCUUAUUGGCAUGCUAAGGUGUCUAUAUCACAUUGUGAAACGCCUUUUGACUUGUCCAAUUAAGUUAUAGUAGUGGUAGUAGUCUGGCAGUCUUCAAAGGUAUUUGCACCGUUGUAAAAUUAUAGUAAUUAUUAUGCCAUUCCUAAAGAAAAUGCAUCUGUGCAAAAAUCGUUGAAGAAUUGUAUUGUUUUGUUUUGACUGAGUUUUUUUACAUUA